AUGUCGUCCAAAGGUGUAAUAGUCGUAUAUGGUAUGACAUUGUCGACGGCCACUCAACGCGUGUUAGUUGCACUUGCCGAAAAAGGUCUCGACUAUGAAUUGAAAGUAGUCAACUUGAUGAAUGGGGAAAAUUUGACUCCUAAUUAUUUGGAAAAACAUCCAUUUGGUAGCAUUCCUACACUUGUCGAUUCAGAUGGUUUCAUGAUUUAUGAUUCAAGAGCUAUAUGUCGCUAUUUGGAAAAGAAAUAUAAAGGACAUGGUACUGAAUUAAUUCCAAAAGGUAUCAAAGCUCUAGGUCUAUUUGAACAAGGUGUAUCGAUUGAAUCAUCGAAUUUCGAUUCAUUUGCUAGGAAAAUGGUUGGCGAAAAAGUACUGAAAAAAAUGCGUGGUGGUGAACCAGAUAUGAACACAGUAGCGCAACUUCGAGGACAAUUGAGUGAAGUUUUGGAUGUUUACGAAAAAAUUUUAUCGAAGCAAUCAUAUAUUGGUGGCGAAGUAUUUACACUGGCCGAUUUAUUUCAUUUACCAUAUGGUGCGAUGCUCGUAAAAGCUGGUGAAAAUGAAUUAUUCGACUCUCGUCCACAUGUCAAACAAUGGUGGAACAAAAUUUCUAACCGAUCCGCAUGGAAAUCAGUUGUUGCUCUUAAUUAG